AUGCCUCCCCCGGAUACUGUGCCGCCGUAUCGUCCGCACAUGUUCCCAGGCAUACCACAAGUACCAAUCUUCCACAAUCAACGGCCGCAAGAACACUGGAUCCCCCACAUGAAAGAAUGUCGCAACAAACAACAUGACCCAGAGGAGAGGUCAGCCGCGGCUGCGGUCAGUCCGCACCGGCUGAACUUCCACCAAGUAGAUCAAGAAACGGAGAACCAAGCGGAUCAGGUCAAGGAGCUUGAAAUGAAGUUGAAAGAAAAAGAAGAGCAGGAGGAGAAGGUUAAAAGAGAAAUUGAUGGCUUGGAAGAUGACCUUAUGCGCAGUAUUUGUGCUGAACUUUAUAUAGAACCUACUGCGCUAAACUGCGGACACAUGUUCUGCAAGCAGUGUAUCACUGAGUGCAGCAAGAAGAAGAAGAUUUGUCCGAUGUGCCGAGCAAACAUUGUUACCACAGUGAGGAUCUUCAACAUGGACUCAAUGAUCCAGAUAAACAUUCGAUUGAUGUCGGAAGAAGCCCAGUCUCGACGAGAAGCGCUGAUUACUGAACGAAAGAAACGUAAGACACCACAAAAAAAGAUAUCUUCAAAGAAAAGGCGCAGUGAGCCUGAAAUUCCCAAUACAUUGAACCUUAACCAAAUCCCCAAUCCAUUUAACCCUGCUACGAAUAACAAUCCUGCUGGGCGCCGCCACCGCAGGCUCCGCAUGGAAAUUGCUCGACCAGCUGAAGAUACACCUCAAGAAUCAGAAGGGGAUCCAUUUCAAGCGGGAUGA